UCGGAUUCAUGAAUAAAAAACGAGGAGGACAAGAGGAGUUAAGUUCUCAGGACGCAGGAAAGUUCUCCGCAGACUGUUUGGUGCUCUUCUUUCCGCCCAUGACAGAGUACACGUAGAAACCCCCGAGAACCGAGCUGCGGAGGAGCUGCACACCCGGUUGAGAAGCACAGACUGAAGACUGAAGAGGCGCUUCACUGAGGGAAUAGAGGAAGAGGCGAGGACGGGAGAGAGAGAGAGAGAGAGAGAGAGAGAGAGAGAGAGAAGAGAGACUGAGAUAGAGAUCCUAUCUCAGUUCAGGUCUUCAGCGGAUCGCGUCCAGCGUCUCGCAACUGCAGGACAAUGUCUAGUAAAGCGACUUUAGCCUUACUCAUCUAUGGAAUCAUAAUGCAUUACAGCGUCAACUGCUCACCUGUGGGGCUUAGCUUUCCAAGUGUUAGACUUGACAGUGAGGUUUAUGAUGAGGAUGGAAAUUCCUUACCGUCCCUGGAUUAUGACGGAGACCAAAUGGAUGUGAGAAGCCCCCAGUCAAUGGCUGACGACGUCUACACUUUGUAUUACCCACCAGAGAAAAGAACGGAAAGGCAUGCAGACGGCAUGUUUAAUAAAGCCUACAGGAAAGCGCUGGGUCAGUUAUCAGCAAGGAAAUAUCUGCAUUCUCUGAUGGCAAAACGUGUAGGCGGGGGGAAGACGGAGGAGGACAGCUCAGAGCCCCUGUCCAAGCGACACUCAGACGGGAUCUUCACAGACAGCUACAGCCGCUACCGAAAGCAAAUGGCAGUCAAGAAAUACCUGGCAGCAGUCCUUGGGAAAAGCCUUGAAGACAUAGGUAUUCAUCAUAUCCUACAAGACAUAGACUUUGAUGCCCUCCCGGACGGGGAUGAGUUUGAGGCUUUUUUGGGAGAUUGGCUGAAACAGUUCUCUCCCGAAUUUCCGGUGAGUUUCAGGCUCUUUCCUGAGGCAGUGUCCUCGCAGGGGGCGUCUCAUGUCCCUCCCUUAUUUUUCCUCUCACCUUUAACUCUUUAACCUUGUGAUCUUGCUCCAAACACUCGAAUCCAACUCUUCUUCCACCUCAUUUGUGCUCCUGUCUCUCUACAGUCUCACUGAUUUUACCUUUAACCCCACCUGUAUAGCCACGUGCAUACAGGCUUGAAUGUGGAGAGACUUUGCUUAGACUGAUAUGUUAUACAUAUCACCACUGAUUGAUAUGAAUGGUACCGAUUUAUCAGCGUCUGUGUUUAUGGAUGCAAGGAUGAUAUUAUGAUGAUAAAAACUAUUUUAUUAGAUCUGGUUUAGACCAGAUGUGAGCCCUGCUGGCUUUCAAAAUGCCAGUUAUACAUUUUUUAAAGUCAAGAGGGGACGCUUGUCAAGAAAAAAGAAAAAGAAAAAAAAAAAAAAGAAAUCCCAAAUCUGAGAUGAGGACCAGAGUACUUUUGAGGUUUUUCUUGUCCUUUUCUUCCGCAGUGUUUACAGAGUGAGCUUACACCUUUGACUCAUGUAAAGUGCCAAUCUUGUGUUUCUAUCAACUGGUUUCUGUGUGUUUGGAAACCUCUUAUUCUGCUGAAGGUUUUCUCAUGUCUCUCUGCCCAUAUAAUAAGUAUCACUAUCAUUUAAAGCACCAUCAGGCAAAAUUUAAAAAGCAUUAAAAAAAAAAGAAUGAAAAAAAAAAUGCCAAGAAAUGAUACUUGUUACAUGGUAACUUACCCAUCGAUUUGUUCUUUGUGAGAGACAUAUGACGCAGUUUGAACUUUUGUGUUUGAACCUUCUGGGUCUAUUGUGCUUCCCUUUUCUGUCAUGUGAACCAAUGUAAAAACUACAGUAGAUUGCAUGAUUAAAGUAAUUGCACUAGCCACCGCAUCUGUGCAGACGACUCCAACUAGAUGGUUUUGCUUGCUUUCUGACUACUGCAAACAUAUAUACCUGUCAUCUCUA